AUGAGAAGAUGCGUGGCCUGGGUCUGUCGCGGCGGAAGGGUGUCAAGUCUGACAGUGGGACCCAAGCUUCGCAGUCACAGCCUGUUCGGUCCUCGAGAUGAGAUGGGGGCUCCUACACAGCCGGUGGUCACCACCAGAGAUCUGCUUAUACAGUCUCUGGCCAAGUCCCUCCCCUCCGUCACCAGGGACCACCUCGCUGACUAUUGCGCCAAAGAGAAGAACUUCAAGUGGAAUCAAGUGACGAGGCCCACACCUCUCUCUGUGGUGGUCCACACGGACCUAUCAGCACAACGCCUGCCGUUCUACAAGGUCCCAGACUCACUGCUCGUACAGGCUGCCCUCUCCAAGACCAGGGAGACCUGGACUCCUGCAGCUCUGAAACGCAAACUCUGCUCCAACGUCGAGGACACACCUUUCCUCCGCACCCCCCUCUUACCUCGCCUCUCCAACUUAUCUCCACUCCAAGAAGGAAAACCGGGUGUGCGGUGGCAUGCCGAUGAUACAACAGGGGACGGCCGAGCCAAGCGUGCGAGGCUUGUGUUAUCUCCCUCUACAGAGCAGACCACCCACAAGACAGAGACGAUGGAUAUGACGUGUCCGGAGAGUUGCGCUCUACUCCAUACCCCGCUUGUGUCUCGACUUGUCAAACAACCCAAGGAAGCAACUACCCCCCACUCCAUCCUUAAGGGUUCAGCCACCAAUACUCCUGUAACACCAGCCAGAAGCGACAAGACUCUGGUGGCAUCUGUAGUGAGUCGUCAGAUAAGCUUCAGUCAUAUUAAGAUGGGGUUCAGCCACCAAUACUCCUGUGACACCAGCCAGAAGCGACAAGACUCUGGUGGCAUCUGUAGGUUCAGCCACCAAUACUCCUGUAACACCAGCCAGAAGCGACAAGACUCGGGUGUCAUCUGUAGGUUCAGCCACCAAUACUCCUGUAACACCAGCCAGAAGCGACAAGACUCUGGUGGCAUCUGUAAGUUCAGCCACCAAUACUCCUGUAACACCAGCCAGAAGCGACAAGACUCGGGUGGCAUCUGUAGGUUCAGCCACCAAUACUCCUGUAACACCAGCCAGAAGCGACAAGACUCUGGUGGCAUCUGUAGUGAGUCGUCAGAUAAGAUUCAGUCAUAUUAA